CACACACAUAGAAGUGGCAAAGUGGCCCUGGGGGUAUAAAAGAAUAGUGUGCAGAUAUCUGCAGUGCAGAAAGUUAUAAGAGACUGCAGGCAUGCUCAGGUUUCUCUUGCUGACCUCUCUUGCAGCCCUUGUGCUGGCUGAGCUGGAGCCCCAGCCCAGGUAUUUGGAGGAUGAUGGUGUUCAAGAAAGAGUGGUGGGUGGUGAGGUGGCCAGACCCAACUCCUGGCCCUGGCAGAUCUCUCUUCAGUACCAAUCUGGCAGCGGCUACGCCCACACCUGUGGAGGAACCCUGAUCAAGAGAGGAUGGGUCAUGACUGCUGCUCACUGCGUGGACAGAUCCAUGACCUGGCGCGUUGUUCUUGGAGAUCACGACAUCUACAGCAAUGACGGCACAGAGCAGUACAAGAGUGUGAGCCAGGUCUACGUCCACCCCUACUGGAACUCCAACAAUGUUGCUGGCGGAUAUGACAUUGCUCUCCUCCGUCUGUCAACUGAUGCUACUCUCAAUAACUACGUCCAGCUUGCCACUUUGCCUCCUUCUGGUCAGGUUCUGCCUAACAACAACCCAUGCUACAUUACUGGAUGGGGUCGCACCCAGACUGGAGGUCAGCUCUCUACCAAGCUGAAGCAGGCCUACCUUCCUGUUGUUGACUACAGUACCUGCUCCAGCAGUGGAUGGUGGGGGAGCACUGUGAAGAACACCAUGGUUUGUGCUGGUGGUGGCAGUGAAUCUGGCUGUCAGGGUGACUCUGGUGGCCCCCUGAACUGCAGUGUCAACGGCCAGUGGACUGUCCAUGGUGUGACCAGCUUUGUGUCUUCCAGUGGCUGCAAUGCCUACAGGAAGCCCACUGUCUUCACCCGUGUCUCUGCUUACAUCAGCUGGAUAACCAGCAUCACGGGUUGAGAAGAGCGAGGAUCACCAUGGAAACACUCUGGAUUCACCUCAAUUUCUUACUCCAUCAGAAUAAAAUGUCAUCUAAUGCA